UGUAAUUGAAUUUGUUGUAAAUACAAAGAAGUGAAUAUACCAGAUCCUCUUUAUCCUUAUACAAAUCGUAGCUUUCUGUUCUUACUAUCUGAUCUGGUAAAAAACUAUAUUCCUUCACUCCUGCUCGCUCCAGUCGAUCUGACCACUCCCAGUGGUUUCGCUAGCCUCAUCCGAUGUAUGUCACGCCCAUCUACGUAUCAAAAUCCCAACCUCAAGCAUACAAAAUAAUUCUGCAACAAAUAUCUAGACAAAAUAAUAAUAUAUGGCAACAGUAACUAGCCGAAGCAAGAAUGGCUCCUACAAACCAUAUGACACAAUUACAAAUAUUAUAAAUUUUGAUUGCAUCCUACUAAUGUCUCCUGUUUUAUUAAUAGGUAAUCAACAUAAUUAAAUCUCAUCAUGGCCCUGGCUUUGAAGUAAUAAUAUUGGGUUAUUGGACAGGAUUGGUAUCUCUUUGGCAGCUCAAAUUUAAUGGAAGGUCACACUUUAAGGUUCUGAUAUAUGCCCUUGUUUGAAGGAUGGUCACGAUGUCCCGACUGAUUUCUGCAGGUGCACGUUUACUGAAGCACAGACUUUUUCACUCGAAUGUGUGUGGUCAGUCUUUAAUUUCAGUUAACUGAAAUUGUGUUUUAUGUUUAAGGACAUACCCAUUUCCUAAACGUCCCAUGUCAAUGCUGCCCACAGUUUGUUCACUGCUGGAUGAGAAGAAUAUCGUUCUUGUGGGGGCUCCUCGCGCAGGGAUGACAACGGUAGGGAUCUUUCUUGGUCAGAUGACUGGCCUACCAGUGAUAGAUAUUGAUGAUCUACUCAAAAGAACCUGGCACAUGAGCGUGACUCAGAAGCUGCAGCAGAUUGGUGAUGAAUUAUUCUUACAAGAAGAAGGUGAAAUUCCUCAGAGAUUUUCAACAACGAGAAGCAUUAUUGCUCUUACUGGGUCUAAUCCACUGCAUCCCCAGAGUAUGUACCACAUGAAAAAGAAUGGGGUCGUUGUUUAUCUCGAUGUGCCUCUUGAAGAAUUACUUGAAAGGCUUGAAGGUAUGAAGGUAGACCACAUUGUUGGGCUAAGGCCUGGUGUUCCAAUACAAGAAAUUCUUCAGAGCAGACAACAAUUUUACCAUAAAUGGUAUGAUAUACGGGUUCUAUGUCAGUACGGUGACAAAGUUCUUGAUGGUUUGAAGAGGCAUCAAGGCUCUGAGAUAUUUAUUUCCACAAGAAGUGUAGCUAAAAAACCUGUAUUAAUGAAAGAUCCCAACUCCUUCUCCGAUGUCAUUAUUGAAGGCCUGGCUUUUGAUGGUGAUCUCUACGUCCCUGCAGACAACUUUCCUGCAAUGGUUGCUGGGGAGUGGCAAAGGCUGGUUGAAGCACCUUAUACUGAACGGGCCCAGGUCAUUUUGGAAAAGUGUGUGCACCCCAUUGAUGUGCCAGCUAUGAACCUGCGAGAGAUGGUGAUGAGAGCAUAUGGACAGAACUUUGCAUGCAGCAACAUAGCACCAAUCAGACAUUUGUCUGGCAAUCAGUAUAUUUUUGAAUUAUUCCAUGGGCCCACAGCAUCCGUCAAAGAUUUUGCUUUGCAGAUGUUUCCAUAACUAUUUGCAUAUUGCAUGUCUAGAACUUGCAAUUACCUAAUUCUAAUGGCUACGUCUGGGGAUACAGGGUGUGCUGUUCUGGAUGGUAUUGGCUGCCUCAGUGAUAAUGACAAACAAAGAAUCUCAGUUCUCACAUUUUUUCCCAAAGAUGGAAUUAGUCAGAUUCAGAAGGCACAGAUGAUUAGUUACAAAGAUGAAAAUGUGAAGACUGUAGGUGACAAGUCUAACUUUGAUUUCUGUCAGUCAACCAUAAAGCAAAUAUUCACAAAUCCCAAUUACAUUGGCUUCCUGACAGUUGAAUAUGGGUCAGCUCUAAGCACUGCAAACUCAAUAAACUGGGCUUGUCUGCUGCCACAGGUAAUUUAUCAUGCCUCUGCCCAUCUCGAUCUUAUCAAGCAAGGCGUAAUUGCUUUUGGAGAUCCAGUUGAUGUUUGCAUUCCCACAGGACAUUUUGGCAACAUAAUGGCAGCGGUAUAUGCAAAAUGCAUGGGGAUUCCAAUUUGAAAAUUCAUAUGCGCUUCAAAUCAAAAUAAUGCCCUGACUGAUUUCAUAAGAACAGGCAAAUAUGAUUUGAGGCAUAGAACUGCAACAGCUUCCAUGUCUCCUGGAUUAGAUAUUCUCAGGUCCUCCAACGUCGAGAGAUAUUUACACCUUGUUGCACGUGGUGAAGGGCAGCUGGUGAGGGAGCUGAUUUCCCAGUUGGAUGAGAGCAACCACUUUCAGGUGCCAAAUAUUUUGCUGAAGAGAAUUCAACUUAGCUUUCUGGCAGAUUGGUGUUUGGAGGAGGAGUGCUUAGCUGCAAUCUAUUCUGUGCAUAAGUCCACAGGAUACGUUCUGGACCCGCACACAGCCGUGGCAAAAGUUGUAGCAGAUCGUCAGCAAGACCGGAGCUGUCCAAUUAUUAUUGCAGCAACAGCUCAUCCUUGCAAGUUCACAGCUGAUGUGUUACAGGCUUUGAGGUUUAAGGAAAUCAGUCAGCAUCCAGCUGAUCAGCUCCAGAUGUUAAGUUCCCUAAACUCCCUGCCUUCUGUUCACAAAGCCGUGAUGGAGAGAAUUGGCAAGAUUCACAUCCAAAAAAAAGAAGUCUGUCCAGAAGAGCCAAGUAUAAUUAUGGAUACUAUUGAAAAUUUUAUUCAGCAGCAAGUUAUGAAAAUUAAUUAGAUAAUAUGGUCCCUGAUUUUCAUUAUGACACAAAUUUCAAGAAUAAUUAGUAUGUUUUCUGCUUGUAUGGUAACAUACUGCUUGUAUAUUUUCUGCUAGAUUUGGAAGCAAUGCAUGCCCCACCAUGGGAUUACUAAAGAGCC